GCGUCACCAUUAAGGAAGAAGGCUCGUUUGAGGGGGGGAUUAAGCCAGGGAGCCACAGUAGCACACAUACAUAUCCUCCAACGAAGCUGCUAGCUAACUUAGGAGCACCCAGACACGCACUUUCUAUCCGCCUUACGGAGCUAAGUUAGCCCUGAGCAGUUAGCGGCUAGCCUCGAACCCCACACAGUGCAUGUUUGACAGCGCGUCUACGUCCUCAAGUUUUCCCUCCCACCCCUUUUUGCCUGCGCAUAGAAAUAUACACACAAACUCCCUGAGCACCCUCUUCUUCCUCCUCCAAGCGUGGGCAAACCCAAACAAACAGACACAGUUUUAAACAGCCGACUGAUCACACUCGGUGUCUUGUUACCUGACAGCGGAUCUGCUCCAACAUGAUGUUGAGGUGUGCUGCAUUUCGGGGGGGCCUCAGCCUGCUCGCCGUGAGGAGGGCGUGCCUUCUGUCCCGCUCCACCCAUUCGGCACCGCAGAGCGAGUAUCGACCUAUCAAGAAAGUGAUGGUGGCUAACAGAGGUGAGAUUGCUAUCCGUGUAUUCAGAGCGUGCACCGAGCUUGGGAUUCGAACGGUGGCUGUCUACUCUGAGCAGGACACCGGACAGAUGCACAGACAGAAAGCAGACGAGGCCUACCUGAUUGGGAAAGGUCUGCCGCCCGUAGCUGCCUACCUGCACAUCCCUGACAUCAUCAAAGUAGCCAAGGACAACAACGUGGACGCUAUCCACCCAGGCUAUGGCUUCUUAUCAGAACGUUCAGACUUUGCCCAAGCCUGUGCGGAUGCUGGGGUGAUGUUUGUUGGUCCCACUCCAGAAACGGUUCGCAAGAUGGGAGAUAAAGUGGAGGCUCGCUCCCUCGCCAUCAGCGCUGGUGUACCCGUGGUCCCGGGCACAAACUCUCCCAUCUCUAGUCUGCAGGAGGCCCAGGCCUUUGCUCAGACCUAUGGCUUCCCUAUCAUCUUCAAAGCUGCAUACGGAGGCGGCGGCCGUGGCAUGAGGGUCGUCCGAGAGUACGAGGAGCUUGAGGAGAAUUACCAGCGGGCUUACUCCGAGGCCCUGACGGCUUUCGGUAACGGAGCUCUGUUUGUUGAGAAGUUCAUUGAAAAACCAAGACACAUUGAAGUGCAGAUCCUUGGGGAUAAAUACGGUAAUGUCGUCCACCUCUACGAGAGAGACUGCUCUAUUCAGAGGCGACACCAGAAGGUGGUCGAGAUCGCGCCAGCUUUCCAACUUGACCCUCAUCUGAGAGACCGACUUCAUUCUGAUGCUGUCAACCUUGCCAGACUGGUGGGUUAUGAGAACGCAGGGACCGUGGAGUUCUUGGUGGACAAACACGGCAAACACUACUUCAUUGAGGUCAACUCCCGACUCCAGGUGGAGCACACGGUGACGGAAGAAAUCACAGACGUGGACCUGGUGCACGCCCAGCUGAACGUGUGUUCGGGCCGCAGCCUUCCAGAACUGGGCAUCAGACAGGACAAGAUCCGAGUCAACGGCUGUGCCAUCCAGUGCAGGGUGACCACCGAAGACCCGGCCAGGGGCUUCCAGCCUGACACCGGCAGGAUUGAGGUGUUCCGCAGCGGUGAAGGCAUGGGCAUCCGACUGGACAGCGCCUCGGCCUUCCAGGGCGCUGUCAUCUCGCCGCACUACGACUCCCUUCUGGUGAAAGUCAUCGCCAGUGGCAAGGACCUGCCUACCGCCGCAUCUAAGAUGAGCCGAGCCCUGGCCGAGUUCAGAGUGAGGGGGGUCAAGACCAACAUUCCCUUCCUCCAGAAUGUUUUCUCCAACCAUCAGUUCCUCCACUCCACCGUGGACACGCAGUUCAUCGAUGAGAACCAGGAACUGUUCAACCUCAAGCCCACCCAGAACCGAGCCCAGAAGCUGCUGCACUAUCUGGGUCAUGUGAUGGUCAAUGGACCAACCACACCAAUCCCCGUGAAGGCCAAACCAUCUUCUAUAGAUCCUGUUAUUCCUCCCGUGACUAUGGGAGAACCUCCAGUUGGAUUCCGGGACGUCCUGCUGCGUGACGGUCCAGAGGGUUUCGCCAAGGCCGUGCGAGCGCACCAAGGCCUUCUGCUGAUGGACACCACCUUCAGAGAUGCCCACCAGUCCCUCCUGGCCACCAGAGUGCGGACACACGACUUGAAGCAAAUCUCACCGUUUGUCAGCCACAACUUCAGCAACCUCUUCAGCCUGGAGAACUGGGGAGGUGCCACUUUCGACGUGGCCAUGAGGUUCCUGUCCGAGUGUCCGUGGAAGAGACUCCAGGAGCUGAGGGCUCUGAUCCCAAACGUUCCGUUCCAGAUGUUACUGAGAGGAGCCAACGCCGUGGGCUACACCAACUACCCGGACAAUGCCGUCUUUAAGUUCUGUGAGGUAGCCAAAGAGAAUGGCAUGGACAUCUUCCGCGUGUUUGAUUCCCUUAACUACCUGCCCAACAUGCUGCUGGGCAUGGAGGCCGCCGGAUCAGCAGGGGGCGUCGUGGAGGCUGCGAUCUCCUACACGGGCGACGUGUCAGACCCGAUGAGGCAGAAGUACUCGCUGGGUUACUAUCUUGAGCUGGCAGAGGAGCUGGUCAAAGCUGGAACUCAUAUCCUUUGUAUCAAGGACAUGGCUGGCCUGCUCAAGCCCGAGGCCAGCAAGCUCCUGGUGGGGGCAUUGAGGGACCGCUUCCCGGAGGUACCCAUCCAUGUGCACACGCACGACACAGCCGGUGCCGGCGUGGCUGCCAUGCUGGCGUGCGCCGAGGCAGGGGCGGAUGUGGUGGAUGUGGCGGUUGACUCCAUGGCCGGCAUGACGUCCCAGCCUAGCAUGGGAGCAAUGGUCGCCUGCACCAAGGGGACCAAGUUGGACUCUGGUAUCGUUCUGGAGAAGGUGUUUGACUACAGCGAAUACUGGGAAGUGGCCCGCGGCCUCUACGCUCCAUUUGACUGCACGGCCACCAUGAAAUCCGGCAACGCCGACGUCUACGAGAACGAGAUACCCGGAGGACAGUACACCAACCUCCACUUUCAGGCACACAGCAUGGGUCUGGGAAAUAAGUUCAAGGAGGUGAAGAAGGCCUACACUGAAGCCAACAAGCUACUAGGAGACCUCAUUAAGGUGACCCCAUCGUCCAAGAUCGUGGGGGACCUGGCCCAGUUCAUGGUCCAGAAUGACCUGAGUCGGGCCGAGGUGGAGGAGAGGGCUGAUGAGCUGUCCUUCCCGCUGUCGGUGGUGGAGUUCCUGCAGGGUCACGUCGGAAUACCACAUGGAGGAUUCCCAGAACCUUUCAGAUCCAAGGUGCUGAAGUCCCUCCCCCGCAUCGAGGGCCGCCCUGGCGCCUCGCUGCCACCCAUGGAUUUCAAGGCCCUAGAGGAAGGGCUGCGGGCGGUGCACGGCGAAGACAUCACCCCCGAGGACGUGAUGUCAGCCGCGAUGUACCCCAAAGUCUUCCAGGAAUUCAAAGAGUUCACCUCUAACUUUGGCCCAGUGGAUUGUCUCAACACCAGACUCUUCCUGGAUGGACCAAAAAUUGCUGAGGAGUUUGAGGUGGAACUGGAGAGAGGCAAGAUUCUGCACAUCAAGGCGUUGGCUUUGGGCGACCUGAACAAGGCCGGCCAGAGGGAAGUCUUCUUCGAGCUGAACGGACAGCUGAGAUCUGUGCUGGUCAAAGACACAGUCGCCAUGAAGGAGAUGAAGUUCCAUCCCAAGGCCCAGAAGUCCAUCAAGGGUCAGGUGGGGGCUCCCAUGCCUGGAAAAGUCCUGGAGGUCAAAGUAGAAGUCGGAUCCAAGGUGGAGAAAGGUCAGCCUCUGUGUGUCCUCUCCGCCAUGAAAAUGGAAACGGUGGUCAACUCCCCGAUGUCUGGCACGGUCAAGGCGGUGCACGUCACUGCCGACUCCUCCCUGGAGGGAGAUGACCUGAUCCUGGAGAUUGAGGAGUAGUGUGACAGGGCGAAGGAUGGGGGUGUGCAUUGUCUGGUUAUAUGAUUGUGGAGACUGUGAGAAGGUGGAAGAUGCCUUUUCUUCACAUAUGCAACUCUGAAGUGUGGCUGUACUUUACGUUAUCCAGUGGCUAGGUGGGAGGGGUAGAGGGUGAGACGGUAGAGCAGACAGGAUGAAUAUAUAUGACAGUGUAAUAUAGUAAAUAAUAAUUAUUCAGCUAAUGAUCCCAGCUAGACUGAGCUACAUUCCAUCACUAGUCUUAAACACUAACUUGCAAUAAUGCCACACUUCAUAUUAUCAAUGCUUUUCUCAGAAGUUUUUAAAUCAUUUGCCUUUUAUUUUGCAAGUCAUAGUGCAUUCUGGGAAUGUGUGAUCUGUUUAGAAGGUCGGGACUAUUUCUUGGGAGCAUGAGGUAAAGCACAUGGGGAAACAGGGUCAUCUCACCUGCCAUGAGGAUGCACAUUUUUUUGGCACAAAGCGGCAAAAUGGGAGGGGGGAGAAGUAUUACUGUAUCAGUAGCGGCCAUGGGUGGAGGGAGGGGGGCGCGCCGGGUGGCUUUCCGUGUCAUGUUUCCACCUUGGCGUCACAUGCAAAUGGUGAUUAUUAUUAACUAAUGAAUCCUCCAUCAAGUGACUGUAAAAAUGGUAUAUUCACACACACACCAAAUGAGCCAGCAAUGUAAAGUAUGUCAGAGCUGAUAGCCACGCCCCCCUGCCUCCACCCACCUCGUUAAUAUCGAUAAGGAAUGCAGACGAAUGAAUGCUGUUGUGUUAGACAAGCAAACUGCAGCACAACAAUCUCCCCUCACGCUCGUCCUCGCCGGGCAUACAUUGGUCACGUGACGCCGCCCCCCCGCUAUCAUUUCUCCAUGUUAGUCAGCCAUCGAAGCAAGCUGCACCAUUACUGCCAUAAGUCUUCUUGGUUUUUUUUUUUUGCUGUUUUUUAUAAUAUUCAUGUAUCAGCAAGUAAGCAACGUGUUUGUGUACGCUUUCAUAGUCCAAAUGUCUGGUUUUGAAUGAUGAUGAUGUUCCUUCCUGAUUCAUUUGUUACUUUAGUUUACAUUUGGAAUGGAAUGGAGGAAUGGAGGACCAUACUGAAUGAGGAGCACACAUUAAACUAAAAAUACAAAAAAAGGGAAGUGGUUAUUGUACUUGUUCUGUCUUUACCUACAAAUAAAGUUAACUUGAACUGAA